GCUGUGCGCUUGGUAGUGCACGACCAUCACUACCUAAAGGUGAAGUCUGUCUGGAUCUAGUGACCAUGCCUACACCAAGUGUACUGUAAUGUACCCAAGACAAUUGACAUUUCCAGGCUUGGCAGUCCAUGGUCAAACGGACCGCGUUUCAGGUCCUCGGCAUGCCGGUCGAAGCGUACUACCGCGACCCAUUGACCAUGAGGGUUUCGUUCAAUGCAGGUGGCCUUUCUCUCCUCAAUCGAUGAUAUAAUCAGGGGAUCGAUAACGACAUUAUGCCACCACACGAAGGACUAUCGCACCUCAAGGAGUACGAUAUCAAAGACAGCAAUGUGGAGCUGAUCGGAACCGAGAUCGAUCACCGCGUCAAGUACAAGUCUGCUGCGACGGAACCAGCCUGGAACAACGGCAAGGUAGGACAGAUUGCUGGCUUGUACGUAUGGAGAAUCGAGGACUUUGAGUUGGUUGCUUGGCCCAAGGAAAGGGUUGGCGAAUUCUACGACGGGGAUAGCUACAUCGUGUUGCACUCAUACAAGAUCGGCGAAAAGAAUGGAGAGGACAAGUUAGGCCACGACAUCUUCUUCUGGCUAGGGAGCAAGACUUCGCAAGAUGAGGCAGGGACGGCAGCGUACAAGACAGUCGAGCUCGAUGAGUUCUUGCGCGGUGUAGCUAUACAGCAUCGAGAGACUCAGCAGGCGCCUUCAGACGAGUUUAUAGCACUAUUUCCCCGCGUCAAGAUCCUUUCAGGGGGUGUACGCUCUGGGUUUCGACACGUCGAUCCUGAAGGCAAACCGAAAGAGAUCACUACGCUGCUUCGAAUCUUUAAGUUUCCCGGUGCUGGACGUCGUGCUGAUACUCUGGUGGUGCAUGAGGUGGAGCCUACAUGGCAGAGUCUCGACGACGAUGACGUGUUUAUUUUGGAUAAGGGCGAGAAGAUCUGGGUCUGGCAAGGCAAGAAGUGUAGCCCAAUUGAAAAGGCCAAAGCUGCGCAGGUUGUGCAUGACUUGACGCUCGCCAAACAUGUCGAUGUUGAAGUUCUGUCGCAGACGGAAUCAAGAUCCAGGCUUGUGGUUGAUCUGCUGGGAGGCAAGAAUAUCAAUCAAGAUAGAUUUCAGGCCCCCAGGCCUGUCUCAUCUUCAAGGAAGCCAGACGGUAAUGGUGCGAGCCCUCGCCCUCAUAGAUUAUUCCGCCUCAGCGAUGCCACGGGAAAGCUCUCCUUUAACCUCGUCAAGGAAGGGAGGCCGAUUCAUAAAGCGGAUUUGGAUGGCAACGAUGUCUUUCUCCUCGAUACUGGUAGCGCCAUCUGGGUCUGGCAAGGGCUGGGAGCUAGUAAAGCGGAGAGGGGUAUGUGGAUGAAUGUGGCUCAGAUGUAUGUUCGUCAACUUCAACAGAGAUCAGAAAGUGCAGAUGCACACCUUACUCCGUUAGCAGCGGUUGUGGAAGGAAAUGAAAGCUCGGCGUUCUUUAAGGCGCUGGAAGUCUGAAUAAAUAGUAGCCAACGCGGCUAAGCAUUAUCGGAUCCUUUUCUUCCUCAUGUGCUUGUGAUGGGAUGACAUAGCAUUGUACGCUGAAGGUUAGAGGUACGAGAUCAAAAUACUUGGUAGGUAUUUAUUUAAACAUGAUAUCUAUUAUGUCUUUGC